AUGGCGGCCGACGACCGAAAGAGGGCUGCUGCAGAUGUGUCCUCGGCGCAGGAUUCUGCGGAGGAGAGCCCCGAUGCCGUGCUGCACAGUGGGAACAUUAUUGAUGAUGGUCUGCAGCGAGGCCUGAAAAACCGCCAUCUCAUCAUGAUAUCUUUUGGCGGCGUAGUUGGUGCCAGCAUCUGGUAUGGCACGGGCUAUGCAAUAGCCUACAGUGGCCCAGUCGGGGCUCUGAUAUGUUUCUUCAUAAUCGGCGUCGACGUCUAUUUCGUGAUGCAGUCCCUGGGAGAAAUGAGCACUCUGUUUCCCAUCCAAGGCGCCUUCAUCGAGCUGGCCGGGAGAUUUGUCGACCCUUCACUUGCAUUUUCUCUGGGCUGGAAUUACUUUUACCUGUGGGUCACUAACGUCGCCGGCGACUUCAACGCAAGCUCGAUAAUAAUGGGAUAUUGGACCGACAAGGUACCAACCUAUGGCUGGAUUCUUAUAUGGUUUGCGUUUUAUCAGGUGACUUCACUGCUCGGGGUUGUUGUGUGGGGAGAGAUGGAGUUCUAUUUCGCAUGCUGGAAGCUUUUUUGCAUCCUGGGAGGGUUCCUCUGCGCCAUUCUGCUGAACACUGGCGCCAUUGGCGGCGAGUAUAUAGGAUUCCGGUUCUGGAGAGACCCGGGUCCUAUUGCCAACGGUAUCGAUGGGUUUGGACAGUGUUUCCUGCUUGCAGCGGUCUACUAUUGCGGAACGGAGAUGCUGGCACUCACGGCCGCGGAGUCUAAAAACCCGACGAGAGACUUACCAAAGGCUAUCAAGCAGACGUUCUGGAGAGUCUUGAUCAUAUUCAUGGGCCUGGUCUUUUUCGCAGGUAUUAUCGUGCCGUCGGACAGCCCUGACCUCCUCACAGCUGCCACCAGAUCCGGGAAGUCACCUUGGACCAUCGCUUUUGCAAAUGCCGGAGCGCCUCAAGUGGGGAAUGUGGUUAAUGUUGUAAUGAUCACCGCUCAACUAUCUUCGAUGAACUCAGCGCUUUACGUAGCAUCUCGAAGUUUGGUCUCUCUAGCCAAAGCAGGCCGCGCACCAAAGUUCUUCGCCAAGACCACGAAGAAUGGGACGCCAGCAAACGCCCUCAUCUUUUCAAAUGUUCUCGGCCUCGUCUCCAUGCUCAACUACAAGGCAGGCCCGGGCAAAGUCUUCAGCUACCUCACGAGUAUCAGCGGAUCGGCUACUUACAUCGCAUGGGCCGUCAUAGGCGUGACCCACGUGCGGUUUCGCAAAGGCUGGAUCGCGCAGGGAAACCGGGUUGAGGAUCUGCCGUUUCGCGCCCUGUGGUAUCCCUACGGCACCAUUUUUGUCAUCGCGAUUAACACUCUGCUUGUUUUUAUUGCAGGCUACAGUGUUUUCAUUGGGCAUUUCGAUGCCGUCGGCUUCGUCAUCAACUACAUUGUCAUUGCGGUCUUUGUCGUCUUAUUCUGCGGUUGGAAGAUCCUGAAGCGGACGAAAGUCGUGCCACUCAUGGAAAUGGACCUGACAACCGGCAGGAGGCAGAUCCCAAGGACUGUGGAAAGCAGUGAUGUCGACUUGGAGAAGAGGGUAAUUCCCUGGGACAUCGUGAAAGACGCCUAA